AGCCACUGGGCGGGCCUGCAGCCAAUGCGCACGCCGUGGGUGGGCCCCAGGCCGGAAUUGGGGGUGAAGCUACAGCGUUGUGCCCACAUUCGGGGCUCGCUGAGCUGAGGGGUCCCCGGGGGGCUCCCGGAGCUAAGAUGGCGUCCGCAGCUGAGGGGGACUUGGGAACGGUGGCGGAGCUGGCGAGGGUGCUGCGCUGGGGUUUCGAGGAGCUGAGCCUUAACAAGUUGGCGGCGUCCCUGGGCGCGUCAGAACAGGCGCUGCGGCUCAUCAUCUCCAUCUUCCUGGGUUACCCCUUGGCUUUGUUCUACCGGCAUUACCUUUUCUACAAGGACAGUUACCUCAUCCAUCUCUUCCAUGCCUUUACAGGCAUCUCAAUUGCUUAUUUUAACUUUGGAAACCAGCUCUACCACUCCCUGCUCUGUAUUGUCCUGCAGUUCCUCAUCCUGCGACUCAUGGGCCGCACCAUCACUGCCGUCAUCACUACCUUUAUCUUCCAGAUGGCUUACCUUCUUGCUGGGUAUUAUUGCACAGCCACUGGCAACUACGAUAUCAAGUGGACAAUGCCACACUGUGUUCUGACCUUGAAGCUGAUUGGUUUGGCUGUUGACUACUUUGACGGAGGGAAAAAUCAGAAUUCCUUGUCCUCUGAGCAACAGAAAUAUGCCAUACGGGGUGUCCCUUCCCUGCUGGAAGUUGCUGGUUUCUCCUACUUCUAUGGGGCCUUCUUGGUAGGGCCCCAGUUCUCAAUGAACCACUACAUGAAGCUGGUGCAGGGACAGCUGACUGACAUACCAGGGAAGAUACCAAACAGCACCGUACCUGCUCUCAAGCGCCUGAGUCUGGGCCUUGUCUACCUGGUGGGCUACGUUCUGCUCAGCCCCCAUAUCACAGAAAACUAUCUGCUCUCUGAAGACUACGAAAACCACCUUUUCUGGUUCCGCUGCAUGUACAUGUUGAUCUGGGGCAAGUUUGUACUGUACAAAUACGUCACCUGUUGGCUGGUCACAGAAGGAGUAUGCAUUUUGACGGGCCUGGGCUUCAAUGACUUUGAUGAAAAUGGAAACGCCAAGUGGGAUGCCUGCGCUAACAUGAAGGUGUGGCUCUUUGAAACAACCCCCCGCUUCACUGGCACCAUCGCCUCUUUCAACAUCAACACCAAUGCCUGGGUGGCCCGUUACUUCUUCAAACGACUCAAGUUCCUUGGAAAUAAAGAACUAUCCCAGGGUCUCUCAUUGCUAUUCUUGGCCCUCUGGCACGGCCUACACUCAGGAUACCUGGUCUGCUUCCAGAUGGAAUUCCUCAUUGUUAUCGUGGAAAGAAAGGCUGCCAGCCUAAUUCGAGACAGCCCAACCCUGAGCAGCAUGGCUUCCAUUACUAUACUACAACCCUUCUACUAUUUGGUGCAGCAGACCAUCCAUUGGCUCUUCAUGGGUUACUCAAUGACUGCUUUCUGCCUCUUCACAUGGGACAAAUGGCUUAAGGUGUAUAAAUCCAUCUAUUUUCUUGGCCACGUCGUCUUCUUGAGCCUACUAUUCAUAUUGCCUUAUCUUCACAAAGUAAUGGUGCCAAGGAAAGAAAAGUUAAAGAAAAUGGAAUAAUCUAUUUCCCUGGUGGCCUAGAGCAAGACUGGUGCAGAAACAACUUGUCUCCCUUUUUACAGCACUCCUUUGCCCCAGAGCACAGAGAACAUAGAAGCCAGGGAGUGGGAAGACAUGGCACUGCCAGCUGUGCCUCUGCCGCCAGCCAAGUCUUCAUUUGGGCCAAAGGGGAAACUCUUGUGGGAGGAGUAGAGGGACCCAUGUCUCCCCUCUGGGCUCCCCCAUGCACGUUGCCUUAUCUCUCCCCCUCUAGCCAGGAAUCUGUUGUUUUUCUUCUGCCAAUUUACUAUGAUUGUAUAUGUGCCGCUACCACCCCCACUCCCCAUAGGAGGGGAGGGGAGAGGUGGGGUACAAGACCUCGCCUGCUCCACUUUUUCUACCUUGGGACUGUACCAGAUAAAAUCACUUCUGUUUGUUUGGUUUUUCA